CAUCGUGAGCUAUCGCUAAGGGAAUCGUUGUCAGAGCUGUGGAUGCUGGAUACUUCGAGCCAGUCUGAGUCGGACAAGUCCAAUUCAGACAUGAUAGAGGUGAAUGGAUGGUGGAAAGGAGCCGUCUCGGCUGCUUUAAUACCAUCGGAGCCGGCCGGCGCUUACUAUGAUCGAUGCCUGAUGGCCGGCUAACAUGCUCAUUUCGUCUUACAUUCGAAGUCAGUUUCAAGCAUCGACAUAAGUAGAUGCACUUGCUUUCACCAUACCUGAGUCCUCAUGGCUGCGCUUCUGUCUCUACCUCAUGAUGUCCUCAUUAACGUGUUCAUCUUGCUGUCGGCGGAGGAUCUAUUGGUGCUUAACCAGACGUGUCGUGGCCUACACGAAUACACGAUGAACGAUUAUAUCUGGCACCAGCUUUCAUCUGCGCAGCAACUCCCCUUGGUCAUUCCGCCCUACGUGAAUCGAAAUCUGCUGACCGGGCCGGUGCUCAAGACUCUGGUCACGCAUGCGUUGCGGGUCGACAAUAACUGGCGGCGGCCAUACCCCGAAAUACGGAGCAUUGCUCGUCUCGAGGAGAUGGACAAUGUCAUGAAGAUUCAGUUCAUAGGUUCAGGCUGGCUCGUGGUCCUCAGGCGGUCUCCGCCGGCAGUGGCAGUUUUGCGCAUGGCCGGCACCAAGCAGGCAUCUCGCGAAGCUUCAAUCGGUCUUUCCGGCUACGGGAUGCCGUUGACAUUUGCGGCUUCGAUGCAAGAGCAUUGCACACACGUUACCAUCGCUGUGAUUUUGGCUGCUGCUCGAAGCACACGACUCGUUGUAUAUUCCGUUGCACUUGAGGCAGACCCAGAACUUGGAAUUUACCGACCGCAUGAUCUCAUCUGCGAUAUCUCGAGGCCAGAGGCUGACGGCCCGUUCUACGAAGUGCACAUCUUUGGGCAUACUGUUGCUGUCGGAAUCCCGCAGAUCAAGCAGGAUCUGCAUCGUGCGUCAGGAUAUCGUAUUCUGACGAUAGACACUCUUACGGGGGCCCGAUUCUCUCUAGAUCCUCUUCUGACGGAUGUGAGUGUUCAUCCCCAUGCUGCAGGUCCUGCUUACGCUGUUUGCCAGGAUCUAGCUCAAGUGCACUUCAAACUGUACCCCGGACAGCUUGUACUAACCGCUGUCCGGGAUCACACUAUGCUCAUUGCCCGGAGACACAGGCUUGUGGUACCGCUCCCGGCUCCUGAAGUCGAAGAACAGAUUCCAAUCCUGCCACGUGCAAACUAUCAUCUUUCUGCUGAUUCUACUCAUGGGUCGGGUCAUCUCACCACACUAUUUUUCCGUACUUUUGGACAGCGUGCGGAUCUCGUCCGGCUAUCCCUCCAUGAUAAACGCACGCAUCCUUGGGUCCAUCCGUUCCCGACACACACUGCCACUUCGGCCGAGAUGGUUUGCUUAGGUGAAACAGGAACUCGCGCUGUGUGGCUAGAGAAGCAAUGGGGGACAGACGAGUUCACUUUGAUGAAGGCAAUCAUACCUCUGGAUAAUACACAACGGGUCGUAGUCGAGCCAUUGCUGGCCAAGCACAAAGCCCUGCCCUUUGAGUUGCGCAGGGUCCAGUGUCUAGCUUUAGAAGAGGCCACAGGCCGUGUCUGUCUUACUACCCAUUUCGGAGAGUUGUUUAUGUUGCAAUUCUAGUCUAUACAUGCCCUUGCCCGACCUGUG